CACCACCUCCACCACCACCACUUCCCCCAUCUCCUCCACGUGUCGCCAAAUGUCGAGCGGUGGGAAUCUUCUCUCUUGGAUGCAGGAUGCUGGAGCCAGGAGACCUCGUCGAGAUCAACAGAACCUGCUACCAGCACUGGGCUCUGUACGUCGGCGACGGAUACGUCAUUCACCUCGCGCCACCCAGCGAAGACGGCAUCGACGGAGCCCACAGCAUCAUGUCGGUGGCCACGAGCAAGGCGAAGGUGAAGCUGGAGCUGCUGAAGGAGGUGGUGGGCGAGAGCACGUUCCAGGUCAACAACAAGGGGCGCCGGCGGCCGCUGCCCAUCGAUGAGAUCCUGCGAAAGGCGCGGGCGCUCGUGGGCGAGAUGCUGGACUACGACGUGCUGAGAUGCAACUGCGAACACUUCGUGACGGCGCUGCGCUUCGGGGAGGCGCGCUCGGACCAGGUGAGGCAAGGCAUGUGGGCUGCAGGCGGCACGGUGGUAGCCGUGCUGGGCACGCUGUCCGCCUUCGCCUGGUAUCGCGACAGCAACAAGAAACAGGAGCAGUGACGGGUUUGUCGUGGUGGUGGCGGCGGUGGUAGUGGUGGUGGGUGGUGGUGGUGUUGGUGGUAGUGGUGGUGGUGUUGAUGGUGUUGGUGGUAGUGGUGGUGGGUGGUGGUGGCGGCGGUGGUAGUGGUGGUGGGUGGUGGUGGUGUUGGUGGUAGUGGUGGUGGUGUUGAUGGUGUUGGUGGUAGUGGUGGUGGGUGGUGGUGGCGGCGGUGGUAGUGGUGGUGGGUGGUGGUGGUGUUGGUGGUAGUGGUGGUGGGUGGUGGUGGUGUUGGUGGUAGUGGUGGUGGGUGGUGGUAGGAGUGGUGGUGAUAGUGACAGUAUUCGUGGUGGUAGGGAAUUCCAACAAGACCUACAUCUCUGCUUCAUUGAACUGGUCAAGGCCUGUGAUACCAUCAGUAGGCCUGGGCGCUGGGUUGUUCUUCGUGCUUUCGGAGUCCCUGACCCUCUGCUCACGCCCAUUAAGGACCUUCAUGAUGGUGAGCGGGCCCGGGUAAAACUACGUGGCCGGGAGUCGGAGCCAUUCUCUGUACACCUUGGGGUGCGACAGGGAUGUCCUCUGGCUCCCACAUUAUUUAACAUCUAUUUCAACCGCGUAGUUCGUGAAACCUUCAAUCGCUGUAUUUCCAUCUGGUACAGAUACAAUGGGAGGCUGAUUGAUGCCCGGGUGUGGUCAAGGGAUGGCUCCCUAUUGCUCAACCACGUUAUGUAUGCCGAUAAUCUGGUAAUUGCUGCUCACUUGGAGGAGGAGUUGGAGGCGCUGCUGCUGAGACUGGAGCGUGCCACUAAGAGGUGGGGCCUUACCAUCAUCCCCACCAAAACUAAGCACCUGCCUGGGUAUUUUGUACCAUCAGGCACUCCACUCCCACAACUCCCAAUUGGUGAUGGGGCAGUAGUGGAGAGCGUGGAGAGUUUCCCAUACCUGGGCAGUGUGCUCAGGACCGGCUCCGGAUUGACAGCAGAGGUCUCACUCCGAAUCAGUCAAGCGGCAUUAUCUUUUCAUCGGUUGCGUAACGCUGUGUGGAAGCUACCUGGUCUGUCGCUCCUCACGAAGCUUCAGGUCUUCUCGGACACGGUAAUUCCCUCCCUUCUCUAUGAUUGCGAGACGUGGACCCUCCUAAUGGAACAUUUUCGCCAGUAUGAAACAUUUAGGCUGGCCUGCCUAGGAUCCAUCAUGGGUUUAACCAGGCUGGAUUGUGUGAAUAGCUCACAUAUCCUUGAAAGAUCUGGACAAAGUCCCAUCGGUGAGCUCCUCCGGCAGGCAAGGCUGCGUUGGCUGGGUCAUGUAGCCCGCAGUGCCCAGUCACCGCAUGCCUAAACAGCUUUUGUUCGGCCGGAUCGUAGGGGCUAAAUGGACGCAGCACGGGCUAGAGAAGAGAUGGAGUGAUGUGGUACAGGAGGAUUUGGAGCUAAGUGGACUUGCCAAUGACUGGUACCAGCGGUGUCAAGAUCGGCCUCAGUGGAGGAGGCUCGUGAAGGACGCUACUGGGCAGUUGGAAGGCAGUCGCCCUCCAACAACAACGGAGGGGGGAGGAGCGAUGCUCACAACAACGAGCGGAGCACCAGGUGGCUAAAGCACAGCAAGUUGGCACAGUAGGGGGCACAGGUGGUGCAUCAGCCAGUCAUCUCAGUCAGUCGACCUGUGGCACCUGCUGGGUCUGCCCUGUGACCUCCUGCCAGCGGGUGUUGGACACUUCACGUGGCCUCAGCGUACACAUAGCCUGGCACAAGCGCCGUGGUGACGUCACCGCUGCUUAGUGGCGAAUGGCGGUUGUUGUUGUUGAUAGUGGUGGUGUUGAUGGUGGUGGUGCUAAUAGUGGUGAUGGCUGUGGUGGUUGUGGGUGGUGAUGGUGGUGCUAGUGGUGAGGAGCGGUGGGUGUAGUGGUUAGCACUACGCUGCGCUACAAACCCGGGGACUUGAGUUCGAUUCGCGCUCACGGCCAACACAUUCAUCUGAACCGGUCCUGGGCCUCCCCUAGGUCGACUCGGCCUCAAAUGAGUAUCUGGUGCGAUGUGUAGCCACCGUCACUAGGGAGACAAAGGCGGCCGGGCGUGGUGCUGGCCACCCACCCCCUCGUGUGCUGUGCCGGCCUUCAUAGGUGCUCGCUAACAGCACUUGCCCCUGCAGUCUGUUCAGGCUACACGGGGGAUCUUUGUCUUUGCUCGUGGCGGGUGCUGACGGUGGCGCUAGUCGUGGUGAUGACGUAUGCUGAACAUCUUUAGCGCCGUACGUCCUGUCAGGGCUAUACGGGGGAUUCAUAUUCUUAGAUUUUUUCGGUAAAGUCGCGUAGGUAAAACAUCAAAAUUAAUGAAAAUAAAAUAAAAUAAAAAUCACGACGUUUGUGUUGCCUCCGAAACGUCGUGAUUUUUUAUUUUAUUUUCAUUAAUUUUGAUGUUUUACCUACACGGUGACUUUACCGAAAAAACCUAAGAAUAUGAAUCCUUGCAGUCACGAAAGCUUCAAAUCUAGAAUAUACGUGGGAUCUUUGUCUUUGUUUGAUGGUGGUGGUGGUGGUGGUAAACAUACAGGUAGUCCCCGACUUACGAUGGUCCAACUUACGAUGGCGAUACGACAAACUUGGAAAAUAUUUUAAAUUUCUCGCGGCAGGCAAAUGCAGCAGCGUACAAGUCACGAUUCUUGUACGUUGGGACGCUGCCAGGAUGUACCCAUCUCGCGCCUUGUGUGGUGAUGCCUCUACAACAUGAUAGGUUACGAUACGUUCAACGCAUGGUGUGAUACGUAGCUUCAGAGAUUUCAUUUUAGGGUUACCACGAUACGACACGUUCAAUGCAUGUUAAACGUUUUUUUUUUUUAUAGCAGAUUGGAUUGUUUCCUGAAAAAACUUUCUAUUAAAUUGCAGUUCAUAUAGGUAUAGGCUAAGAAUGUACCUGUUUUUUAACUUCACAUUUGACUGUGCAAUACAGUAUUGUAAUUAAUACAUACACACAGUAUCUAGUUUAUACAGUACGCUAUUGUAAAAUGCCCUGGUUUGCUAAAUUAUCACCGUUCUUUAAGCCUCCUGGCUAGGCUAUAGGCCAUCUUCGACUUACGAUUUUUUUGACUUACGAUGGGGUCAUCGUAACGCAUCUCCGUCGUAAGUAGAGGACUGCCUGUAGUUAGACGGAAGCUGCUCGAAUUAGUUCCACGUUAGUUUGACAUGUUCACCACCUACUCCACACGGGUUCUCAACAAGGGGGAAGACGUUGCUGACUCCAGGGGGUCACGUAGCAAUGCCCCAGGGGGUCACGUGGCAUGUGUCCCAGGGGGUCACGUGGCAUGUGUCCGAGGAGGUCACGUGGCAUGUGUCCCAGGGGGUCACGUGGCAUGUGUCCGAGGAGGUCACGUGGCAUGUGUCCCAGGGGGUCACGUGGCAUUUGUCCCAGGGGGUCACGUGGCAUGUUUCCCAGGGGGUCACGUGGCAGUAUCCCCGGGGGUCACGUGGCAGUGUCCCAGGGGGUCACGUGGCCGUGUCCCAUUGGGUCACGUGGCAGUGUCCGAGGGGGUCACGUGGCAAUAUCCCAGAGGGUAACUUGAUUACGUGAUUCAGAAAUGUGUGAUAUUAUAUCGUGCAUGAGGAGUCUCAUUGCUUUCAUUAUCACGUUGUGUGGAUCUGCAAUCUAAUAAAUACAUGACAUUA